AUGCGCAGAGCGCGCCGGAGGGCGAUGGAAACCACGUGUAUUCUUGGGCAGAGUACCAGACAGUGUUCCAGCGUCUCCGGAUCACCGCAACACGGGCAGACAGGCAUUGCCAUCCACUUCUUCCUCUACUGCCUCGUCCUCCCCACCAGUGCCAUGAGCGGCCAUGGCUUCACCCGCUCUCUGCGCCUCUCUUUCAACAUCCUGUGGCGCUUCUUCGCGUCCAUUGUCAUGGCCAAUGCUGCUGGACUCCUCCUGAAUGUCAUGCUGAUCAUUCCCAUGUAUUUCAUAUGUGCAAUAGACGGGCUAAUUGUGGUCUUUGCCACGAUGCUAACAGGAGAUGGCUUGAUGGUGCUAGCUGGUUUUAUCUUGAUUAGCAUGGUAAUUGCCGUGGUUUCUCUUCUCUCCACCAUAGCGCUCUCCUCUGUCCUCACCACAGGGGUCACCACUACAGUUCUGUGUUUUGCCUGGGAUAAAAGACUUGAGCCAGAGGAGGGCUCUGAUGCUGCUGGCCUGGUUGCUGGUGGUUCCCUAUCCUUUGCUGAUGUGAAGGAUAUUAGCGCAGUGUAG